AUGACAACACAAGAGAAAGUAGGACACUUUUCAUCAUGCGCUGGUGCAACAAAAUGGAGUGAUGAAGAAAGAAAAGCAAGAAUAGAACUAGCAGCAACAUAUAGAAUGGUGGCAUUGAUGGGAUGGGACGAGCUUAUAUACAAUCAUUUGACUAUUCGUAUUCCUGGUACUGAACAUAUAUUACUCAAUCCCUUUGGUUUAAGAUUCGAUGAAGUUACUGCUUCAAGUUUAGUUAAAUUGGACUUGGAUGGUAAUUUAAUUGAUGAAGGUAGUACAACCUAUGGAUUUAAUAGAACUGGUUAUGUAAUACAUGGAGCCAUUCAUAGAGCAAGACCAGAUAUCAAUGCAACACUACACACUCAUCAUGCUUCGAUUGUAGCAGUGUCUAGUUUGAAAUGUGGAUUGGUACAUUUCCACCAAAACUCAUUCCUCUUUGGAGAGGUUGCCUAUCACGACUAUGAAGGUAUCUCUACAGAUAUUGAUGAACAGAAACGUAUUGUAGCUGCACUUGGACCAACCUCUAAAAACCUCAUUCUUCGUAAUCAUGGUGUAGUGUCGUGUGGUUCCACCAUCCAAGAAGCAUUCUUUUAUUUGUAUCAGGUGACCAAAUCAUGCGAGGUACAAAUCCAAGCUCUAUCUGCCUGUGGAGGUGAUGUCUCCAAACUCAAUAUUCCUACAAAGGAGAUUAGUGACAAAUCAUUCCGUAUCUCUUCACAAUUCAACGUUGAAGGUGUUGGUAUGAAGGAAUGGGAUUGUCUCAUUAGAAAGUUGGAUAAAUUAGAUCCAUCCUAUAAAUUUAUAGAUGAGAGUCGUCCUUAUAACAUAGGGACACUGAAAGACUCCGAUCGUUUGAUUUCAAUGCUCAUUUCGGCUUUGGAAUCGAGAUCAUCUUAA